AUGGCCAACCCACCACGCACACAGCAGGUCCCCCAGCAUGUCACGGCAUUGCUCUCCCACCUCACCUCCCGCCCCGGAGUGCAAUCGACCCUAAUCCUCUCCCGCAAAGACGGCUCAAUCAUCCAAAGAACCGGCCAGCUCGCCCCCCAAGAACCCUCCCCACGUCCAGCACCCACAACUACGGAGCAAGCCACGCUCCCUUCAGACUCAGAUCCUGCGCCCGCCCCAGCUCAAAUACACCAAGUCUCACAGGCAGAGGCCCUAGCCGCACACAUCUUCGCCUUCGUCUCAAGCGCCUCCGCACUGGGCGUCUCACUCUCAAACCCCACCCAAAAUUCAACCGAUAUCACCCCCCUACAUCUACACCGGGCUUAG